CCGUCGCCAUCCCUCCCUCCCUCCGUCCCUCCGUCCCUCACGCCGCCGCCGCCGCCCCCGGGGACGCGACCGCCAUGUCGGCCAGCAGCCUCCUGGAGCAGAGACCGAAAGGUCAAGGCAACAAAGUGCAAAACGGAUCCGUUCACCAGAAGGACGGCUUGAACGAUGACGAUUUCGAGCCUUACUUGAGCCCGCAGACGAGGCCCAACAACGCGUACACCGCCAUGUCCGACUCGUACCUGCCCAGCUACUACAGCCCGUCCAUCGGCUUCUCCUACUCGCUGGGCGAGGCGGCCUGGUCGACGGGCGGAGACCCGCCCAUGCCCUACCUGACGUCCUACGGCCAGCUGAGCAACGGGGAGCCGCACUUCCUGCCGGACGCCAUGUUCGGGCAGCCGGGGGCCCUGGGCAGCACGCCGUUCCUGGGCCAGCACGGCUUCAACUUCUUCCCCAGCGGCAUCGACUUCUCGGCCUGGGGCAGCAGCAGCUCCCAGGGCCAGGGCCAGUCAGCCCAGAGCUCGGGCUACAGCAGCAGCUACGCCUACGCCCCCAGCUCGCUGGGCGGGGCCAUGAUCGACGGCCAGUCGGCCUUCGCCAGCGAGACGCUCAACAAGGCCCCGGGCAUGAACGCGCUGGACCAGGGCAUGGGCGCGCUCAAGCUGGGCGGCGGCGAGGUGGCCGGCGGGGCGCCCAAGGUGAUCGGCUCGCCGGUGGCGGCGGAGGCGGCCUGGCGGGCGGCCCGGCCCCGGGGGGGCGGCGGCGGGGGCGGCGGGGGCGGCCUGGCCCCGGCCACCAUCGCCCCGCCCAAGCCCGCGUCCUGGGCCGACAUCGCCAGCAAGCCGGCCAAGCAGCAGCCCAAGCUGAAGGGCAAGAACGGGCUGGCGGGGCCCAGCCUGCGCCCCCCGCCCCCCCCGCCGCCCCCCAUCAAGCACAACAUGGACAUCGGGACUUGGGACAACAAGGGCCCGGUGGGGAAGGGCCCCUCGCCGGCCCUGGGGCCGGGCCUGGGCCCCCAGCCCCCGCAAGCCUCCUCGCAGCCCGCGGGGCCGCUGCUGGGCGCGGGCGGCAGCCCCCCGGGGCCGCCCGCGGGGCCGCCCCUCCCGCCGCCCGCCCCGGCGGGCCCGCCCGCCCCGCUCCCCGUGCAGCCCCCGGCGGCGGCGGGGCCCCAGGCCCCGGCCCCGGCCCCGGCCCAGCCGGCCCGCUGGGUGGCCCCGCGGAACCGCGGCGCCGGGUUCGGGCCCGGCGGGGCGGAGGGGGCCGGGGCGGGGGGGCCCUCGGCCGGGCCGCCCGGGGCGGCCCCCGCCGAGCCCCACCCGGUGCUGGAGAAGCUGCGCUCCCUCAACAACUACAACCCCAAGGACUUCGACUGGAACCUGAAGCACGGCCGGGUCUUCAUCAUCAAGAGCUACUCCGAGGACGACAUCCACCGCUCCAUCAAGUACAACAUCUGGUGCAGCACGGAGCACGGCAACAAGAGACUGGACGCGGCCUUCCGCUCCCUGAACGCCAAGGGCCCCGUCUACCUGCUCUUCAGCGUCAACGGCAGCGGCCACUUCUGUGGCGUGGCGGAGAUGUGCUCCGCCGUGGACUACAACACCUGUGCCGGCGUCUGGUCCCAGGACAAGUGGAAGGGGCGCUUUGACGUCCGGUGGAUUUUUGUCAAGGACGUUCCCAACAGCCAGCUGCGGCACAUCCGCCUGGAGAACAACGAGAACAAACCCGUGACCAACUCCAGGGACACUCAGGAAGCGCCGCUGGAAAAGGCCAAGCAGGUGCUGAAAAUCAUCGCCAGCUACAAGCACACCACCUCCAUCUUCGACGACUUCUCGCACUACGAGAAACGCCAGGAGGAGGAGGAGACUGUUAAAAAGGAGCGCCAGGGCCGUGGGAAGUAGAGCUGCCCGCGGUCGCCGGCGGAAAGCGCCCGGCGCCACCGUGGAAAACCCACCGCGGACACCCCAGGGUCCUUCCGACAGAGGAGACCACUGGCGAGGAAUUCGGACUUUCUCUUAUUUCAUUGACUUCCCAGAGACGCUGCAGGCUAGCAGCUCCCAGGGCCGGGGGCUGCCCCAGAGACUUCGAACUUAACUGGAAAAAGGAAAAAAAAGGAAAAAAAAAAAAACGGAAAAAUCCAAACAAAAAGUCCCUCUAGGUAGCUUAGGUGGAAACGCCCCCCGCCCCCUCCCUUUCUUUUGGCUUUGGUUGUGAUUUCCAAGCAUAAAUGCUUUGUUUUUUGUCUUUUUACGAUGUUUUUCGGAUUUUAAGUCCGCAGGUGGUAUACCCGUUUUCUCUCAUUUUUAGCCCCUUCCUCCUCCUUGCCCCACCCCUUCUCCAUUUUGACAUUUGGGCUUGGGACCCCGGGUCGUGGCGGCUUUGGAUCCGCCGCCGAAGCGUUUCCUCUCUGAAGAGAAAUGACGAGAAGUUUCCCGGGUCGUGGCGGUUUUUGGAUCCGCCGCCGAAGCGUUUCCUCUCUGAAGAGAAAUGACGAGAAGUUUGGCGAAGAAUUGGUUUCGCGCAGGAGCAGCGAGCCGGCC